AUGAAGAUCCUUUAUCUGCUCUUCGCUGUUCUUAUCCUUGCAUUCCUGUCUCAACCAGGGAAUGCCCAAGACCGCUGUCAUAGCAUAAGAGGACGCUGCUAUCCCAAUCGGUGUCCUGGUGGCCUGGACCAUGGGCAAGUGGAUUGUAGAUACAGAUGGAGGUGCUGCCCUUGGUGGAAAAUGAUGCCAUCUCCAUCUACCACCCUGGAUGUCUUCAAGAUAUGGCCAAUGACCUGA